UAAACAAAUAAGUAAAUAAAUAUACAAAUAAUAAAAUUUAAUAAAACAAAUAAAAUAUAAAAGAAAGGGAUAGGCAGAUCCGAUCCUGAGGAUCAAAUUUUCAGCAGCAAUUGAUACGGCAUUAAAUGAAAUGUCAGAACAAUCAUCAAUUCUCCAACAAGAGAAUAUUUGGAGGAUCAUGUCAGACCACUUGCUACUCACAUAUACAUACCAGCAAGAACAUAUUGUUCAUCACUUUCACUACCCCACCUCGUACCAAACAAUACUCUCCUCCCAAAAUACUUCCAACAAAGCAGGAAGGCAAAGGAAGAGGAUGUUCACAUCGUAGUGGAAAUUACAGCAAAGUUUAUUCAUCACAUAUGAAGGUAACCAUAAUCAAAACGCCGAAUCAAAUCAGAUCUGUUAGUACUAAUUUUGAGAGAUUAUAGGAUUGGGUUGAAUGUUAUAUUGCUCGAUUUGUUAUUUGGUUUUGGAAUCCCCUAUAAAUCAUGGAGACUUUUAUUUGAUAUGAUAUUCAUAGUUUCUCCAUUCACUUCCGCCAUGGCCAGUUAUACUCUACCAACAAUAUCCAUCCAACUAGUACAAUAUUGUCACCCAUUCUCUCCAUAUUAUUCCCUUCCUUACCUAUUCCCUACAUAUAAUCCUUACCAAUUCUCCCUGCAAAAUACUAUCCCUUAUAUCAUUGCUCCCUUCCAUACAUGGAUGCCUCUCUGCAUCGGCUGGGUUCAUAGAAAUAUUGAUGUUCCUCCGCCUCCGCCUCCACCUCCACCUCCGCCUCCGCCUCCGCUGUGGACUGAACUGCCUUGGGAUGUCACGGCCAAUAUACUGCAGAGGCUGGGGGCGGAGGGGAUGCUCACAAGUGCGCAGCAAGUGUGUACCACCUGGUGGAAGGUCUGCAAGGAUCCCUCCCUGUGGCGAGUCAUCGAUUUCUCCAACAAAAAGCAAGGUCCUUUGAUCGACAAGUAUACUGUCAUGUGCCGCUGCGCAGUGGAUCGUAGCCAGGGACAAUUGGUCGACCUCACCAUUCAGUAUUUCGGCAAUGACACACUCAUGGAGUACAUCACUGAGGGAUCACCAAAUCUCAAACGCCUUAAACUUGGAACUUGCUUUAACCUAUCAGGAGAUGUUGCAACUAGAAUGUUUGCAAAGCUUGUACAUUUGGAAGAAUUGCAUCUCACUAUUAGAAAAAUUAUUGGUGCUGCUGACAUUGAAGCUAUUGGCAAUUGUUGCCCAAUGUUGAAAUCAUUCUCAUGCAACGGAUUUAAGUACAUAGUUAAGACAUUGUUAAAUGAUGAUUUUAUUGCAGUGCACCAUCGGAAUUUGUAUGCUUUUGCAAUCUGCAAAAGCAUGCCUAAUCUGCAUCAUCUCCAACUAUUUGCACAUUGGAUUGGGAAUGAAGGACUUGAAGCCAUCCUUCACUGUUGUCCACGUCUCGAAUCACUUGACAUUCGGCGGUGUUUUGAUCUCGAUCUUGAAGGGGAUUUGGGAAAAAGAUGUCGUCAGAAAAUUAAACAUCUUAAACUCCCUAAUGAUUCAAUCAGUGAUAUACCGUGGCCUAAUUGCGAUGGCGGAGAUCCAUUUGAUUCUUCUGCCCCCAUAUUUGAAUCUUACGAAUACAACUAUUAUAAAGAUUAUGAAGAUUAUUUUAGACGCUACGGUAACAAUUUCAACUUAUUAUGAUCAUGCUACACUGGUAACAAUUUCAACUUAUUA